UCCGGUUUGCUGUUGUGACAUGGGAAAUCCUGGUGAAUCUCUUGUAACCGAAUUCUUUUACGAAUUUCGGCCAAAUCUCACAGUUCAAGAGUACAUUUCCAAAAUAAAUUGAUACAGAUUUAGUGCUUACUUACUCAAUUAAUAAUUAAAUUAGUCCUGUCAAACAAAAAAUAUAAAUCAUCACAAUCGUCAUAAAUCGUCAUAAAUCAAUUCCUCAUUCCAAACAACUGUCCUGCAUUUAAACCCAAUCGAUCAAGUUGCAUAUGUACAUACAAAUUUCUCCACCACACUCAUUUCAUUUUAUCGUCAUCGUCCAUGAAUUUAGCAACAUUGGCAACCCAACCCACGUACAGAAAUCUGUUCCAUUUUAUCGAAUUGUACAUAUAAAACUGAGGAGUGAAAUGGCCAUCCAUCACUCGACAAGAAUCACCACCACCACCACCAGUGACCAUGGACUUGAUAAGAUUAUUUUAUUAUUUUGACAUUCAUAUCCGUUUCAGGAUAAUAAUAUUAAUUCAUACUGUGCAUGCAUUCAUUCAGCAAGUUUUGCUCAGUCUUUCAACCCACAUACACUACACACAAAAUAAUACAAUUUAUUAUUAUAUAGGUGGCUUGGCUGCAAACUAAUAAAACAGGCCAGAAGAGUUUGUUAAGCACGUAUAAAUCCUCCUUUGUCUCGGUCUGGUUUAUUGUUGCUGUUUCUCCAUCACACCAUUUUUAAAGUGUCCUCCUUCUUACCACUAUUCUUCUUCUUCUCGCCAAGUUGGUUAAUAGCUGCAUUCAAUUUUAAGGCGUCAUCAUCAUCAUCACAGUAAAUUAGGAUUUUCAUUUUCAUUUGCAUUCACUUUUGUCCAAGUUGACAGACAGAAAAUAGUUGAUACCAUAUUAUCAUCAUUCUUAGCAAGUAUUAUUACUCUGUAUAAAAAGUUAGAAAGGAACAAGGUUGACCAAAACAGACCAGACCACACAAUUAAAAAAUAAGAAGGAGAGGAAAUACUAAUACCACAAUUGCAUACGCGACUUUUAAUCAAUUUAAAUCAACUUACACAUAAAAACUGUAAUGAUUUUAACUUUUGAGUGUUGAAACUUUUUAGUAUUUAAAAACGGCAACGAAUCUUUGGAAAUAAGCUGAUAAAGUAAAAUGCAAGCCAUAAAAUGCAUGUUAGUUGGUGAUUCUAAAGUUGGGAAGACGGAUCUCUUUCUCACGUUUACAACUGGUCGUCCUGCUCCAGGCUACAGUCCGACAGUGUUUGACAUAUUUACAAAGCAAGUCGUGGUGGAGGAUGAAUCGUACAAUUUGGCUUUGUGGGAUUCGGCAGGAGCUUGUUUGUAUGAUGAGAUUAGACCAAUUUCAUACCCUCAUACGGAUUGUUUUCUAAUCUGUUAUUCGGUGGAUGAUCGAACCUCCUUUGAGAAUGUGGAAGUGAAAUGGAAACCGGAAAUAUUACGGUUUGGUGAUGGUCCCACGGUCCCAUUGAUUUUGGCUGGUCUUAAAUCUGAUCUCAGACCGAAGGAGUCAACAAAUAACGAAGGUUCCAAUUUUGUGACAAAAGAAGAAGGAGAAGCUCUUCAGAAGAGGCUUGGUGCUCAACAAUUUUUUGAAUGUUCAACAAUCUCAGGAAACAAUGUGGACCUCAUUUUACAAAAUAUGAUUCAGUCCGCGAUGGCGAAAAAGGCUGGAGAGGAUAAGCCAAAAAAUCCACUCUGGGGGUUUGAAGAUCUCAAAAUUUUGCUGGUUGGGGACAGCACGACGGGAAAAAGUAGCAUUUUAAACGCCUACAUGACGCAGAAACCGAUGAAGGACGGGCAUGAUCCUACCACCAAAGGUGUUCAGCCCUACCAAGAUUCUGCGUAUAGCAUUCUUGUGCUGGACGGAAUUGAGUAUUUUCUUGGCAUAUUUGAUGUACCAAGUACCCCCGAAUUUUUGCACGAUCGUAUAAAAGAGUAUCAAAAGGCGAACGGAAUAAUACUCUGUUACGCUGUCAAUGAUCCAUUUUCCUUUCACAACCUCGAAAAUCAGUGGAUUCCAGAAAUACGGAAAUAUUGUCCGACCGUUCCCUUGAUCAUUAUUGGUAAUAAAUGUGACCUGAAGGAAGAUUCGGAAAUCUUAAUCCCCACCGAGGACGGGGAAGAGCUCAUGCGUUCCACUAAAGCGGUCGCUUUUGUCGAAUGCUCCGCAAAAACUUUAGAAAAUAUUAAAAAUGUUUUUAUCACGGGAGUGAAAGCAUUUAGAAAAUCGAUAAUACCAGAGAAUGUAAAAGAUUCUAAUGGUGAAAGUGAUAAUACAAAUUGUGUACAACGUUUGACGGCUUAACAAAAACAGAGAAUUAAAGUAGAAAAAGAAUACAAAAUCACA